UCAAAUUCAAAAUGAAAUAAAGCUAAGCAUUUCGCACACGAUUCUCUGCAACCGCCGACAUCUACUACUACUACAACAACCACCACCACCACCUCUGUGACGCUCCAAAAGUUAGGGUUUCAUCGAUUUGUUGACUCAAUUCAAUGGCUGCUGCUUCUCCGAGCCCCUGCCCAUCCACUCUCAACCACCGCCGCCAAACACGCCGAUCAUCUACUUCAAUUUGGAGCUCCAGUUCCAUCAAAAUUCACUCAAUCAGUAACUUCCGCGGACUACAAUCGGCUAAUGCUUCGCCUUUCGACGAUAAACUUAAUGCCAACGGGGAGACUGAAAGCGCUGGAAUCGAAGCGAGCAGUGCCGUCAAGGAUGAGCUGUUCGUGCGCUUCUUCCGCGAGGCGUGGCCGUAUUUCCAGGCGCACAGAGGCAGCACUUUCGUCGUCUUGAUAUCUGCUGAGAUCGUCGAUAGCCCUCAUUUGGAUCCUAUUCUCAUGGAUAUAUCUUUGCUGCAUGGGUUAGGAAUCAAAUUUGUUCUUGUGCCUGGGACGCAUGUGCAAAUUGACAGGCUUCUCGCUGAAAGGGGAUGUGACCCCAAGUAUUUUGGGAGCUAUAGAAUUACGGACUCCGAUUCUCUAGAUGCUGCAAUGAAUGCAGCUGGGAGGAUCCGUAUCAUGAUUGAGGCAAAGCUAUCACCUGGACCCUCUUUGAGUGGCAUACGCCGCCAUGGAGAUAAUAGUAGGCUGCAUGAUGGUGUUAGUGUUGCAAGUGGUAAUUUCCUUGCAGCUAAGAGAAGAGGAGUUGUAGAAGGAAUUGAUUACGCAUCAACUGGUGAAGUUAAGAAAGUAGAUGUUUCUCGUAUGCGUGAGAGGCUAGAUCAAGAUUCCAUAGUGCUUUUAAGCAAUCUGGGCUAUUCAAGUUCUGGACAAGUAUUAAAUUGCAACACUUACGAAGUUGCUACCGCAUGCGCGUUGGCCCUUGGUGCGGAGAAACUCCUAUGCAUUAUUGAUGGUCCAAUCCUUGAUGAAUCUGGGAGGCUUAUACGUUUUCUAACGCUUCAGGAUGCAGACAUGUUGGUUCGUGAACGGGCUAAACAAAGUGAGACAGCUGCUAAUUAUGUUAAAGCUGUUGCUCAAGAAGAUGUUGGCUGUGUAGCGUAUGAUGAUGCAAGUAAUAUGGCUACUACAAAUGGAAAGGUUUUUACUCAGGCUCCAACAUUCCAAAAUGGUGUUGGCUUUGGCAAUGGGAAUGGACUUUGGUCCACCAGUGAACAAGGUUUUGCUGUUGGAGGCCAAGAACGGCUGAGUCGGUUGAAUGGUUAUUUAUCAGAAAUAGCAGCUGCUGCUUUUGUUUGCAGAGGUGGUGUCCAAAGGGUGCAUCUAUUAGAUGGCACUAUUGCAGGAGUUUUACUGAAGGAACUGUUUCAAAGAGAUGGAGUAGGCACAAUGGUGGCAAGUGAUCUUUAUGAAGGGAUGCGGAUGGCGAAAGUCACUGAUCUUCAUAGGAUAAAACAACUUCUGUUACCUUUGGAGGAGUCUGGCACAUUGAUAAAGAGAACAGAGGAACAGCUACUCCAAGCAUUGGAUUAUUUUAUAGUUGUGGAGAGAGAAGGUCAAAUUACAGCUUGCUCAGCUCUUUUCCCUUUCUUUGAUGAAAAAUGUGGAGAGGUAGCUGCAAUAGCUGUUUCUCCUGAGUGCCGUGGCCAGGGACAGGGAGAUAAACUACUUGAUUAUAUUGAGAAAAAGGCAUCUUUUCUUGGACUUCAAAUGCUUUUCCUACUGACAACUCGUACAGCUGAUUGGUUUGUGAGGCGUGGCUUCUCGGAAUGUUCGAUUGAGUGCAUACCGGAGGAGAGGAGGAAAAAAAUCAAUAUUUCUCGUAGAUCAAAAUACUACAUGAAGAAACUUCUACCGGACAGGAGCGGUAUUCGGUUAGACAAUGCUUUUGUGUAACACCAUUACCAUUACCAUUACCAUUACCAUUACCAUUUCCUCUACUCCUUUGUUGUAUUUUGAGUGUCCCCUUGAGUUGUUUAUCGCAAAAUAGAAUCCUAACUCCUAAAUUAUUGGAGCAUGUAACUUAUAAUUUGUGGGGAAUAAAUUACAUCGUAGUGUCGUAAA